AUGGUUCUGAGCUUCAAACGAGGUGGAGGUCUAAUUAAUAAGCUUAUUGAUAACCUACCUUUUGAGGCACAUCUGUUGGGUGGAUACCAAUUUUGUGGGGCUGGUACUAAAUUGGAGAAACGUCUGGCAAGGGGCGACAAAGGGAUCAAUCCACUUGAUAGUUACUGCAAGGAACACGAUAUAGCAUACGCUCAGAACAAGGAUUUAACGAGUAGACACAAAGCUGACAGGCUGCUGGCCGAUAGGGCGUGGACGAGAGUAUCGGCUCCGGACGCUAAACUCGGUGAAAAGGUAAACGCUUUUUUAGUAACGAACGCUAUGAAAGCAAAACUUAAACUCGGUGCUGGUAUGAAGAAAUCGAAGUCAGAAAGUGUUACAAAGAAAAGGCAGAAAAGGAGUCCGAAACAUGACAGUAAGAAUGGAAAUACACAGAAGAAACACCUCAAGGAUGCUAUACUGGCGGCUAAAAACGAACUUAAAAAGAGUAAAAGCAAAGAACUUAAGGUAUUGGUUCCUGCAGCGUUGAAAGCUGCAAGAAAUGCGAUGAGGGGUGGUAAAAAGGAUCAAAUAAAAAAACCUAGAAUCAUACCCAUACCCAAAUCUGGAGGAGCGUUACCGUUCCUGUUGCCAUUAUUUGCCGGACUGUCUGCCAUCGGAAGUCUGGCCGGCGGAGCUACCUCAGUCAACAACGGGUCUACGAGUUCCAGAGCCGGCACUCCCCAUUUCAAGGAGGAGACGCCCAGCCUCUACCGUUACUGUGACUCCGUCUCCGGAAAUCUCAAUUUUUCCACCGUCGCCACCAGCGAAGACGAUGACUACAGUUACCACAAGAAAAAAAUGUCGAGGGACCCCAUGUCUCACAGGAUCAUAGAGAAGCGAAGGAGAGACCGUAUGAACAACUGUCUCGCCGACCUUUCUCGACUGAUACCUGCAGACUACAUGAAGAAGGGGCGAGGCCGCAUUGAGAAGACUGAGAUCAUCGAGAUGGCCAUCAAACACAUGAAACAUCUGCAAGACCAUCACUCUACAUGCCACUUAGGCAAUUGUGAGAUCGAGCACAACCCCAGCAUGGAGUCCGAGGAAUCAUACUCUCCGCCAGAGAGCAACACGAGAGUCGCCAAGCAGCACAUGACAGCUGCAGUGUUGCCAACCCAUGAGAACGUUCGGCUACUCGAGGUGAACGGCUCAGCGCAAAUCACCGAAGAACAUUACCGGCUCGGAUACCACGAGUGUCUCUCGGAAACUAUGCAUUUCCUGGUGGAGGUGGAGGGGAUGUUCGCCGGAGAUAAACUCUGUGUGCAGCUCAUCUCUCACUUACAGAGGCACUGCGAUAAAAUAUUAAAAGGAGGAGGAUUAAACAAUCCCAGAGUCCACCCAGAGACUAGUUCCAGCAGCAAAGAGCGAAGUUCUGGCUCAGGGUCGGGAUCUAGCAGCGAUGGCGGAGAACGGCAGACGACGGACAACUUCUACAACAGCGCAAGUCAACUGCGAGACAUACUCACAAGCAACUCCUUGCCUCAGAACAGACGAGAGGACUGCCAGACUACGGAUACGGGAAGUCAGAUGGUUCCCGAGCCGCCCUCCCCGCCCAACUCAGUCAACGGAACGUCUCUCCCCCACGACAACCAUUCAUCCUCCGGCUCACUCUACAAGUUCAAAAACAACAUCAAGCAACGAUUCAGUGCCGAACACUCCGGCAGUGUGGAACAAUCUCAUCCCAUAUCCUUGAAGCGACGUCGCUCCGACGACUGGAGAAGACCGAGCGACACUUCGUCCAUCCCUUCCCCUCCGCCGGUUAGGUAUCCCCCCACCAGUCCUGCGUCACCACCGCCCGCACACUCGUCAACUCCCGGAGUACCGAUUUUCGCGUUGCAUUCCAAAGGCUCUUUCUAUAUCCCACUCACCAUCGACCAUCACGUACUUGCGCCAUUCCUCGCCGAACUUGGCAACGUUGAAACCAAUCUCGCCAAUAUAGUGCUGCAUCCUGUCACGAUAUCCGUUAACUUCCAACAGACGAUAUCCAGGCCAAUGAAACAUCCUCAGGGUUGUUAUCCCCCCGACUGGAGUUCGACCCCUUCCAGUUACCUCCCCCUCUCCAAGUGGGCUGUCUGUGCUCCUGACAGAAACUGAAGUGUUGUUUACCUGAAAAGUUGACAAACAUUGUGAGAAAGGGAGCGUAAAUCAACUAUGCUGAAAAUACUUAGUCAUUUCAGCUGAAAAGUUAUGUACGCUUGGGUGUUUUUUUAUACUUGUUAUCCUAACUAAUGUUUCAUGUAACUUGUUUUCUCUAAUGGUACCUGUCUCAAUUUGCAUUUCCCUUGUUGUAACUGCGUUAUAACGAGCCUACCCUGUGUGGGUGCCAGUUUGUUGUGAAGUUGCGUAGUUUUGUAGUCGGGCUGAUAAACUUUGUCCACUUUUUACUUACAUUGUUACAUAAUAUAAAUUGUUAAAAAUAUUGAUAGUAUUAAGUAAAUAAGUCGCUCUAAGUAACAAGAGUCUGUUGCUCCCACAAAGUUCAUCACAAAAUCGUUUGUUGCGAGAUAUUGUUAUGUCAUUAAAUUAGUUAAAAGAGCUUUAUCAAAUGUUUAAAAAUAAGAUUAAGCUGUUUCCAAACUCAAACAUGUAUGGCUAUUUCCCAUUAGCACUAAUCCAAAUUAUCAAUUUUAAGUCAUUAAGUGGCCAGUGGAAAUUUAUUGUCGAUGUAUUGAAUGUUUGUCAACCUUUGUUAUUGGAGUUUGACUAUUUAAUUUAGUUAAUGUAAAGUUAACAACCCUAGUAAAUAUUUUUUCCGGUUAAGAAUUGUUUACAAAUUCAUAAAUAGCGUAGUUUGUCUUGAAUCAAAUAACAUAACAAAAGUUCCUAUUGUAAAUGAUUUAUUUUAUUGUAGAAAGUUUUGUUACUAAAUUGUUUAGGUGAAUGAUUGCCGAGUUUUUUUACCAACAUUUUAUCAAUAAGAGUAAGAAGAAACUUUGAAUGAAAAUGUAUUGAAAUUUUCGCAUUCAAACCAAAUAGAAUCAUAUAAUACUCAAUAUUCAAUAACAAAAAUAAUUGUAAACCACAAUGUGAUUUCACAGUUACCAUUUUUUAGUUCAUGUGCAGAGCAAAAUAUCUAGAUAAUAAAUCUAUUUGUUAACUUAUUAUUCUAGCUGUGUAUAAAGCAAUUCACGAUUUAAUAUAUUUUCAGCUUUAUUGCUAAAGCAAAAUUUCAUAACAUACAUCAUUUUUCAAUUUGCAAGUUAAAAACAGCUGAUAUCCAAUCAGGGAAACAUUCAGGUAAAUCUUGGGAUUUCCCACCAUUUUAUAUCGUAGUUUGUUGCAGUGGUGUAGUAAGGUGGAAAUCUGUCUUUUUCCAAAAUAUGUUCCCGCACUGGAAAAUUUACCCCACCACUGGUUUGUCUUUUUUAUCAUUACCCGUUAACGGGCGCGUUAGGUGUUGAUUGUUUUCAAAUAAGACCUCGGAUGUCUCGGUCUAAGUCGUGCAUGAUCUAAUCUCAAUGGUGCUGUGAUGUAAGCGAUUCCCUGUGCCUCUGAUCGAAGUUGUUGAAUUUUGUGUAACUCAGUGUUUAGUUGUUUAACUGACUGAUGAUGUAUAGAAAGAUGUUUGUAUAUAUUUUGAAAAUUUAUGUUUAGUUUUAAGUUAGAGAAAUAAAAUAUGUUAUUAUUUGCAGUUA